CAUCUUGCGUUGAAAUUGGUUAAUCUCGACGAAAAUGCGGAGAUCGAGGAGUUCACAGAUAGCGAAGCAGCGAGGCGUAAACAAAAGCAAGCCAAUGCUCAGAAUCUGAAUAUGAGAGGUGUGUUCCUUCACAUCUUGUCUGAUGCUAUUGGAUCAGUUUUCGUCAUUAUUACUGCCUCUCUUGCAUUGUUUUUCCCAAAUUCUCUGGGAGCUCUCAAUGACUAUUUGGAUCCUGCUCUAAGUCUGACUCUGGUCACGUUGAUAUGCUUUUCUGCUUAUUCUCUUGUAAGGGAGACUGCUAGUAUUAUACUCCGAAGAACCCCUGCCUUCUUGGAUUUGGAUGACAUGAAGGCCGAUAUAAUGAAGAUCAGAGGGGUCGCGGGUGUUCAAAGUUUGUGUGCUUGGACCCUCGUUGGAAAUCGACAUUUGGCAACAGCUGAUAUCGAAUUCUGUACACCAGCUUCCUUCGACACCGCCGCCCCCAAAAUUCGUAAAGUAUUUCACAAACACGGAAUUCACUCCUUAACUAUACAACCAAUAUUUUCUUCGAACACAUGUUUUAAUGGUAGUAAGUUACCGGUUCAAACUCUCGAUGUUAUAAAGGAAGACGUAAAUAGCAUGGAUACGCCUCUUCUUGAUGAAAUUCAACAAUGA